CCCGUGACGUAAGGUUUCAUUCAUAAACACUGUUAUAAAGAGUGGAGGCGGUGCCGGGUGCUCCCCGCCUCUGGGCUGCUAGCUCCUCAGUCGGGGUCCCAGCCGCCGGCCUGAUGGGCAGGGACCGCGCCCCGCCCCGGCCCCGCUCCAGCCGCACCCUACCACCACACUGAAUUCUUCCGGCUUCAACGCACUCCACGCUUCAACGCCCGCUACCGCCUGGCGUGCUACCACAUGGUGUCCUCCCGCUGCUGCAUCGCUUUCCGGGCCGCGGACGGUUCCUCCUGCUGUCACUUCCUGGCCGAGUCCUCCGGCACUGGCUCUCCCGACCAUGCGCAGGAAUGUUGGGCUCGCGGGACUCGCGGUUCGGCGUCCCUCCUUCGCCGGGGAGGGAGGCUGUCCCGGCCGGAGCAUCCCGGUCCCGGGAGCCCUGGACUUGCUGGAAGCGCACGCACGCUUGUCCCGGACUUGUGCAUAGACCUGGCCGGCUCCAGUGCCAACCUCAUCCCAAGGGUGACUGCCAUCCGGACCAGCCCAGACCUGCAGUGGCUGGUACGGCCCACUGAGGUGUUCUUGGCAGCCCCAUCACACAAGAUUCCCCCACCCAUACGGAGUUCUUCUGGCCUGGAUGGGGGUUAUCCCGUGAAGACCAUGGCAGGAGACAGAACUCAGGGCGUUGGCAGGAAGGGCAAGGUGGAACAGUGGCUGCACCAAUUUAAUUCCCACCAACAGUGUAGAAGGUUUCCGUUUUCUCCACACCCUCUCCAGCAUGUUAUUUGUAGACUUCUUGAUGAUGGCCAUUCUGACCAGUGUGACGUGGUACUUCAUUGUAGUUUUCAUCUGCAUUUCUCUAAUAAUUAGUGAUGUUGAGCAUCUUUUCAUGUGCCUGUUGGCCACCUAUGUACUGCCAGGGUAUUCCCAUUUUGUCCAUUUCUCGAUUGGGUUGUUUUUUGUUGUUAAUUUUAUUUUUUUGUUUUUUGUUUUUUUUAAUAAAUUUUAUUUUUAUUUUUGGCUGCGUUGGGUCUUUGUUGCUAAGCACAGGCUUUCUCUAGUUGUGGUGAGCAGAGGCUACUCUUCAUUGUGGUGCACAGGCUUCUCAUUGCACUGGCUUCUCUUUGUUUUGGAGCAUGGGCUCUAGGUGCAUGGGCUUCAGAAGUUGCAACAUGCAGGCCCUACAACACAGGCUCAGUAGUUGUAGGGCAUUCAUAUUUGAUUUGAUAUUAAUUUCUUCUGCUUUCUCUGGAUUUCUCUUUUCUUUUCCUAGUUUGUGAAGGUGGAUUCUGAGUUCCUUGAUUUGACACAUUUUUUUCUAUAAGUGUUAAAUGUGGGAUAUAUUUUCCCUAAAGUACUGCUUAAGAAAACGCCAAUAGGACUUCCCUGGUGGUCCAGUGGUUAAGAAUCUGCCUGCCAAUGCAGGGGACACAGGUUCGAUCCCUGGUCCAGGAAGAUCCCACAUGUGGUGGAGCAACUAAGCACAUGUGCCACAACUACUGAGCCCACACCCUGCAACUACUGAAACCCAUGUGCUCUAGGACCCACGUGCCACAACUGAGCCCAUAUGCUGCAAAUACCAAAGCCCUCAUGCCUAAACCCUGUGUGUGCUCUGCAACAAGAAAAGCCACCACAACAAAGAGUACCCCCUGCUCGCUGCAACUAGAGAAAAGGCCACACACAGCCACAAGACCCAGCACAGCCAAAAAUAAAUUUAAUAAAUUAAUUUUAAAAAGAAAGAGAAAAGAAAUCAUCAAUAAAAGGAAUGCUCUGGUGGUCUGGUGUUUAAGAAUCCGCCUUCCAAUGCAAAGGACGCAGGUCCAAUUCCUGGUCAGGGAACUAAGAUCCCACAUGCUGCAGGGCAACUAAGCCCAUGCACCUCAACUACUGAGCCCACACGCUCUGGAGCCCAUGGGUCACAACUAGAGAAGCCUGUGCAACUAAGAGCCCAUGCACCACAAUGAAAAGAUCCUGCAUGCUGCAGUGAAUAUCCUGCUUGCCACAACUAAGAGCCAAUGUAGCCAAAUAAAUUAAAAACAAAAAAACAAAAAAGAAAACCCCAAUAAACUGUUCCCUGCCUGGGCUGCUCCAACCCAGCCACCCUUCCAAGGCACUCACCAGGGAGUACUCUUGGUCUGGGCCUGCUCCAGAAAAAUAAGCAGCUGUCCUCCUUUUAUUCUAACACGAAUAUUUUAAUAAUCAAUCAAAGGUAUAGUAUUUCUAAUAGCUCUUUUAAAUAAAUUUAUUUUUAAUUUUGGCUGUGUUGGGUCUUCAUUGCUGCAGGCAGGCUUCCUCUAGUUGCAGCAAGUGGAAGUUACUCUUUGUUGUGGUGCUUGACCUGCUCAUUGUGGUGGCUUCUCUUGUUGCAGAGCAUGGGCUCUAGACAUGCAGGCUUCAGUAGUUGUGGCACAUGGGCUCAGUAGUCGUGGCUCAUGGGCUCUAGAGUGCAGGCUUAGUAGUUGUAGUACACGGGUUUAGUUGCUUCGCAGCACGUGGGAUCUUCUCGGACCAGGGCAGGUGGAUUCUAAGCCACUGCACCACCAGGGAAGUCCCUCUAAUAAUUCUUUGUAGAUGUUUAUAAGAUCAAGAAGGAUUGCUUCUAUCCUUAGUUUAAUAUCUAACUGUAAUAGCUAUGAAAAAUUCAGAAAUUGAAAAAAUUUUUUUAAAGUUUCCAUUCACUAUAUCAUUCUAUGUAGAAAAUACCUGGGGAUGUUUAAGUCAUACGAGACUUACAAACAGAAAACUAAAAAACAUUGCUAACAAAAAUUAAUGUAAGAUCUAAAUAAAAGAAGCUAUCAUGUUUAUGAAUUGGGACACUCAGUAUGCCUUUCUAAAUUAAAGAUUAAAUGCAAUUCCAGUCAAAAUCCUAGUUGGUUUUUGGGAUGUUCAAAUUCACAAGUGGAUUCUAAAAUUCACAUGGAAAGGCAAAGGACUAAGAAUGGCCAUAACAACUUUGAAAAAGAAAGUCCAAGGAGUACAUGACCUUGAUUUCAAGGCAUAUUAAAACAACAAAUUAUUCAACACAUGAAAGGAUUGACAUAAAUAAAGUAGAUAAAUGCAACAGAAGAUAAAGUUCAGAAGUAAACAUAUACAUAUGAUUGACCUUCAAUGAGGAUACAAAAGCAAUUCAGUGGAGAAGGUAUUUAAGUCAGUAUCACUGCAGCAACUGGGUAUCCAUAUUUUAAAAAGAAGUUCCAAAAAUGAACUAAAUAUGAAUCAUUUACAUCAAUUAAAAAAACUAAA